GUCCAAUAUUAAAGAUUUCUCUAUCGACAAUUAUUUAUUCUCUAAUCUUACACGUGGUGAUCAAUCUUUUGAGGCUGUAUUUGUGUCCAGCGUCACAGCGGAGUACGAAGCUAUAGCCGAGCGAGUUCUAACUCCGCCCCCGAAUACCGCAGCUCUGAUGGAACUCAUCAAGUUUGUCCGUACUACCAGCGACGUCACUCUAAAGAGCCUGGAGCUCAGGCUGCUGGACGUGAUUGAGCACAUCGCGUUUCUGUCGGAUUACUGGUUGCUCACGGAGAGUGAGAUAAGUAACAACAACGUGGCCUUUCAGUGGUACCACAGGAUGCCGCAGAUCUUCGAGGACAACCGGAUGAUUAUCGAGAACAAGACGCAGGAGUACCAAGACGCGCUGAGAGUUAGAUAUCAGAAAUUCGAGGAGGAGUUGGACUCAUAUGCGAAACAAGUGGAGGAAGUGCAAUAUUGGGGCGACAUCGAUGAGGUUUAUCGGUACCAGCGAAGGGCGCAAGUUUUGGAAAACCGGCUGAUCACAGCGAUGGAAAAGAUCGACAAGUUCAACGAGGAGGAGGCUGCCUUUGGCUGGGACAUCACGCAAUAUCCUUUGCGGAAACAAAUCGCCGAUCGUUUGCAGCCCUUCAAGAAACUCUUCGACAGCAUCUGCGAGUUCCUGACUAAAUACGAUAAAUGGAUAAACAGCACGAUUGGCACCUACAACCCCGAAGACAUCGAUAAUGACGUAGGACAAUAUUACAGAACAAUUUACAAGCUGGAGAAAACGUUGCACGAGCCAGACAUGCUGAAUCUCGCUGCCAUUAUUCGCGAGAGGAUCGAGGACUUCAAGGAGAGGAUGCCAAUAGUGAUGACCCUAGGUAAUCCCGGAAUGAAGCAGCGGCAUUGGGAACAGGUCUCGGCGAUCGUGGGCAUCCUCAUCAAGGUCGAUCCUGAUCUGACCCUGGGCAAGAUCCUGGCUAUGGAGUUGGACGCUUACAUCGCGCAGUUCGAGAGCAUCUCCGAGGCCGCCACGAAGGAGAACGCGUUGGAGAAGGCAAUCGACAAGAUGCAUCGCGAAUGGGCUGAUCUGGCGUUCACUGUGAAUCCCUACAAAGACACUGGCACCUACGUCAUCGCCAGCGUCGACGAGAUACAGCUUCUGCUCGAUGAUCACAUCACCAAGGCGGUCACCAUCAAGAACUCGCCCUAUAUUAAGCCCUUCGAAGCUAGAAUAAUCAAAUGGGAGAAAACGUUGCACCUGCUGGAGGACAUCCUCGACCAGUGGUUGAAGGUCCAGGGCACAUGGAUGUACCUGGAGCCAAUUUUUACCUCGCCGGACAUUCAGCAACAGAUGCCGGAAGAAGGCAGAAAGUUCUCGCAGGUCGACAAAAUAUGGCGAGAUAUCAUGAAGAACGUCUACAGUGAUCCUCACGUUCUCAUCGUCGUUAAGAUCGAGAAGAUGCUGGAGCGGUUGAAGAAGAGCUUCGGACUGUUGGAGCUGAUUCAGAAGGGCUUGAACGAAUAUUUGGAGAAGAAGAGACUCUUCUUCCCUAGAUUCUUUUUCCUUUCCAACGACGAGCUGCUGGAGAUUCUCUCCGAGACGAAGGAUCCUACGCGAGUGCAGCCACACUUGAAGAAGUGCUUCGAAGGUAUAGCGCGGUUGCGCUUCAACGAGGAUCUUGAAGUGCUGGCAAUGCGAUCCACGGAGGGUGAGGAGGUCGAGCUUCUGGAGAUGAUAUCCACCGCCGCAGCCAGAGGACAAGUAGAGAAAUGGUUGAUCCAAUUAGAGGCCGAGAUGCGGAAGAGUGUUCACCAUGCGGUGCACCAGGCAAUCCUGGGGUAUCAUGUGAAGCAAAGGACAACUUGGGUACUCGAGUGGCCCGGGCAAACCGUCCUCUGCGUGGGUCAGACGUAUUGGACCCAGCAAGUCGAAGAGGCCAUGCUGCAGGGCGUAGAUGGUCUGAAACGAUACCUAGAUCAGUGCCAGCAAGAGUUGAACGAUAUUAUUCUGCUGAUCAGAGGAACUCUUUCGAAGCAGAAUAGAAUUACAUUAGAGGCGCUGGUUACUCUGGAUGUUCACAGCAAGGAUGUUCUUGCGGAAUUGUGUCAGGAGAGAGCGGUCAAAAAUACCGACUUCAGAUGGUUAUGUCAGCUUAGAUAUUAUUGGAUGGACGACAACAUGUGGACGUACAUGAUCAACUCGUAUCAACGCUAUGGCUGCGAAUACCUCGGCAACACAUCUCGCCUGGUGAUCACCCCCCUGACGGACCGAUGUUACCGCACCCUCUUCGGCGCUCUGAGUCUCCACCUGGGAGGUGCUCCUGAGGGUCCUGCUGGCACCGGCAAGACCGAGACCACGAAAGAUCUAGCAAAGGCGGUGGCGAAGCAAUGCGUGGUCUUUAACUGCUCUGAAGGUCUCGACUACAUCGCGCUCGGCAAGUUCUUCAAGGGCCUCGCCUCGUGUGGCGCCUGGUCUUGCUUCGACGAGUUCAAUCGCAUCGACCUGGAGGUGCUAUCAGUAGUGGCGCAGCAGAUCCUGACGAUCCAGCGCGCUAUCCUUGCCGGAGCCGAGAAAAUGAUCUUCGAGGGCACCGAGAUCCACCUCGACCACACCUGCGCCAUUUUCAUCACCAUGAAUCCGGGCUACGCGGGUAGAACCGAGCUGCCGGACAACCUCAAGGCCCUGUUUCGGCCCGUGGCGAUGAUGGUGCCUGAUUACGCGCUCAUCGCGGAGAACACUCUGUAUUCGUACGGAUUCUACAACGGCAGACCGCUCGCUGUGAAGAUCGUCACCGCUUACAAGCUCUGUUCGGAGCAGCUCAGCAGCCAGCAUCACUAUGAUUAUGGGAUGAGGGCGGUUAAGUCCGUAUUGAUCGCCGCUGGCAAUCUGAAGCUACGUUACCCCGAAGAGUCCGAGGAUAUCCUUAUGCUGAGGAGCAUUUUGGAUGUUAAUCUGCCCAAGUUCCUGAUCCACGAUCUGCCGCUUUUCGAGGGAAUAGUCUCGGACUUGUUCCCGGGUGUCGCGUUACCUUCACCGGAUUACACACACAUAAACGCGUGCACGUACGACGCGUGUGCUGCGGCGAACUUGCAAUGUACGGACCACUUCCUGGAGAAGAUCCAACAGAUCUACGAGAUGAUGAUCGUGCGCCACGGCUUCAUGAUCGUUGGACUGCCUUUUGGCGGAAAGACGUCAGCCUACAGAAUGUUAGCGGACUGCCUCGGCCUGCUGGAGGAUAGAAGCCUGAUGGACGAGCACCGCGUGGAGAUCACUGUCAUCAACCCCAAGGCGAUCACCAUGGGCCAGCUUUAUGGCCAAUUCGACCCCGCUUCGCACGAAUGGAGCGAUGGCGUUCUGGCGGUGUCCUAUCGUGCUUUUGCUACUUCUACCAAUCUCAACAGGAAGUGGCUGGUCUUCGAUGGACCGGUAGACGCUCUCUGGAUCGAGAACAUGAACACGGUGCUGGAUGACAACAAGAAGCUCUGCCUUACUUCCGGAGAGAUCAUCAUGCUCGCGCCCACGACGAAUCUGAUCUUUGAACCUAUGGAUCUCGAGGUUGCAUCGCCCGCCACAGUAUCGCGAUGCGGCAUGAUUUAUAUGGAGCCAGCGAGUCUAGGGUGGACGCCCCUCUUGAUCUCAUGGCUGAACACCUUGCCGACCACUUUCAGCGAGCACAUUAAGAAUCACUUGAAGGACAUGUACUUGCGAUUCUGCCCACCACUGUUGCACCUAAUCCGCCGAUGCGGCGCGAAAUCCUUUUCUUUGCAGGAGAUCAUCACCAUGCCGGAUGCUAAUUUAACACGGUCGGUUAUGCAUUUGUUUGAUUGUUUUCUUGACGAUUUUUACGACGACAAGUACGUAAACGCACUUUCCGAUCUCGACAUAAGAGCGCAAGUGGAGGGCAGCUUUUUCUUCUCGUGCAUCUGGGCGAUGGGCGGCACGCUGACGAUUAACCAUCGCGAGUGGUUCAGCAUGCUCUUUAGAGCGCUGGUGGAUCGCGAAUUUCCGGAAGAAGUGCGGACUCGCUUCAGCAUCUCGCCGGAAAUCGGCGAUCCAAAGGAGCCUUAUGUGAUUUCGCUACCAACCACCGGCUCAGUUUUCGACUACAAGUUCAUCAAGGAGGGCAGAGGCAAGUGGCAGCCCUGGAUAGAGGACUUGCGAGAUGUCCCACCGAUCCCACGGGACAUGCCGGUGAACCAGAUCAUCGUCUCCACAGUGGAGACCGUGCGGUACUUCCACCUCUUCCGGUACCUCGUCCGCCAUCAUAAGCCAGUCCUCCUGGUCGGACCAACGGGCACUGGAAAAUCCGUCUACAUCAUGGAUUUCCUGCUGAAGAAGAACGAGCCUGAGGUCUUCAUGCCGCUUUUCGUAAUAUUCUCGGCGCAGACCACGGCCAAUCAGACGCAGGAUAUCAUCAUGAGUAAGCUGGACCGAAGGAGGAAAGGUCUAUACGGCGCGCCUCCCGGCAAGCACUGGGUGAUCUUCGUGGACGAUCUGUCGAUGCCGCAGAAGGAAGAAUACGGCGCGCAGCCACCCGUCGAGCUCCUACGACAAUGGCUGGACCACUGGACCUGGUACGACCGGAAGGACGUGGUGCCGAUCAGACUUGUCGAUGUGCAGCUGAUGUGCGCGAUGUGGCCGCCGGCAGGCGGUCUUGAUAUCACUCCGCGGUUCAAACGGCACUUUGUCACUCUGGCGAUCGACGAGUUCGAGGAUGACGUUCUGAUCACGAUAUUCAGUCGAAUCGCCGCCUGGCACUUCGCCACUCGCGGUUUUCCAGAGUACUUCGAGCCGUGCAUCGAUUACCUGGUCUAUGGUACGCUGGACGUCUACAGGGAGACUCGCCGCUACCUGCUGCCAACCCCCGCGAAGUCGCAUUAUCUGUUCAACGUGCGGGACUUCUCGCGAGUCGUCCAAGGGGUGUUGCUGUCCACCCCCGAAACCAUCACCGAUCCGAUGGACGUAAAGCGUUUAUGGGUCCAUGAAGUUUUACGCGUUUACGGGGACCGAUUGGUUGACGAGGCUGACAGCAAAUGGCUGGUGGAGCAACUCCGGAAGACCAUAAAAGAACGCAUGGAAGACGAUAUGGACCGUCUCUUUGAGGAUCUGCUGGACGAUCCUCAUGGGCUGUUGACGGAUAUGCAGCUGCGGAAUCUCAUCUACUGCGACUUUCAUGAUCCGAUCGCCGACCGGAAAUUGUACAUGGAGAUCAAAGACUGGGACGUGCUCUCCGAGGCCGUGGAAGAGUAUCUCAUAGAGUACAACGAGAUAUCGAGGACACCCAUGGACCUUGUGCUUUUCAGAUUCGCGAUAGAGCAUCUCUCCAGAAUUUGCCGGGUGAUGAUGCAGCCGCGCAGCCACGCUCUUCUGGUCGGCAUGGGCGGUUCCGGUCGACAGUCCCUGACAAAACUGGCAGCUCACAUAUCCGAUUAUGAGCUCUUCCAGGUGCAGAUAACCCAACAGUACGGUAUGUACGAGUGGCGCGAAGAUCUGAAGAAUAUUCUGCAGAAGAGUGCCGCGACCGAGCUGCACACGGUCUUCCUCUUCAUGGACACACAAAUCAAGGAGGAAGCCUUCUUGGAGGACAUCAGCAACCUCCUCAAUUCUGGCGAGGUGCCGAAUCUCUUCGCGGCCGACGAGAAAUCCGAGAUCUGCGAGAAAAUGCGCAUUAUCGAUCGACAGAGAGACAGAUCCGUGCAGACGGAUGGCAGCCCGGUAGCGCUCUUCAACUUCUUCGUGGAGACAGUCCGCGAGCAUCUGCACGUGGUGGUGACGAUGUCGCCGAUCGGUGACAGCUUCCGCACGCGGAUCCGGAAGUUCCCGGCGUUGGUGAACUGCUGCACCAUCGACUGGCUGCAUUCUUGGCCCGAGGACGCGCUGCUCGCGGUCGCCACCAAGUUCCUGGACGAGAUCGACAUACCGCAGGACGAGCGUCGUGCCUGCAUCGAAAUGUGCCAGUACUUCCACACGUCCACGCAGGACCUGACCAGGGACUUCUUCAGGCAGCUAAGUCGCCACAACUACGUCACACCCACGUCUUAUCUGGAGCUCAUCAACACCUUCAAGGAUCUGCUGAGCCGCAAGAGGAAAGAAGUGCUGCACGGCAAACGCAGGUACGAGGCUGGACUCGGCAGGUUGGACACCACGCAUAAACAGGUCGGCAGGAUGCAGGCGAUCUUGGUGGCUCUGCGGCCGAAGCUCCUGGUAGCCGCAAAGGACGUGGAGAGGAUGUUCCUGGAUGUGCAGCACGAGAACGAGGAGGCGAGCGCGAUUGAACAGGUCGUUAAGAGGGACGAAGAGAGUGCCAUGAUUGUUGCUGCGGCAGCUGAAGGGAUUCGCGCCGAGUGCGAUGCAGAUCUGCAGGAAGUAAUGCCGAUACUGAACGAGGCAAACGAAGCCUUAAACACGCUGACUCCACAAGACAUCCAAAUCAUCAAGACCAUGAAACGCCCGCCAGCUGGCGUGCGAUUGGUCAUGGAGGCAAUUUGUAUACUAAAGGACGUGAAACCGGAGAGGGUUCAGGGUCCGGAGGGCCCGAUAGAUGACUACUGGAAACCGUCACUCCGCAUCCUGGGCGACAUAAAGUUCCUUGAGUCUCUGCUGAACUACGACAAGGACUACAUUCCCGAGCGCAUCAUGACGAAGAUCCGCACGACGAUCUUGACGAAUCCGAACUUUGAUCCGGAACGCAUCAAGCAAGUGUCGACCGCCUGCGAGGGUCUCUGUCGUUGGGUGUUCGCCCUGUCGGAGUACGACAAGGUCGCCAAAGUGGUAGCACCGAAGAGGCAAGCCCUCGCCGUGGCUGAGGCUGAUUAUUCCGCGGCGAUGGAGCAGUUAAACCUGAAGAGGAAACAACUGCAGGAGGUGAGGGACAGAUUGGCCAGGUUGGAGACUUUGCUGGCGCAACGAAGGGCCGAGUAUCAGGCGAUGACUGAUGAAGUGAACGAGUGCGAGGAGAAACUGAGGAGGGCUGAAGAGCUGAUUGGUCGCCUCGGUGGCGAGUACACCAGAUGGUCCGAUACCGCCAGGUCGCUCGGGGAACGAUAUGACAAACUGACGGGCGACAUCCUGAUCGGUUCCGGGAUAGUAGCCUACCUUGGCGUUUUCACGAUGCAGUAUCGGCAGCGACAGGUGGAAAACUGGGUGGCAUUCUGCAGCAGCUUGAACGUCGUCUGCACUCAGGAUUAUCAAUUAACACAAAUUCUGGGCGAUCCAGUGCUGAUCCGGUCGUGGAAUAUAUUCGGUUUGCCGAGCGACAUGUUCUCCAUUGACAACGCCAUAAUCGUGACAAACUCGCGCCGUUGGCCGCUGAUGAUUGAUCCGCAGAGCCAGGCGAACAAGUGGGUGAAGAACAUGGAGAAGGCGUCGAACUUGCACGUCAUCAGGCUGACCCAGCCCAACUACAUGAGGAUUCUGGAGAACGCUGUGCAGUUCGGACAACCAGUGCUGCUAGAGAACAUCGGCGAGGAGCUGGACGCAACCUUGGAACCGUUACUGAUGAAGCAGGUCUUCCGAUCCGGCGGCGCAUUGUACAUCAAGAUUGGAGACAGCGUCAUCGAGUAUUCCGACAAGUUUCGAUUUUACAUCACUACGAAAUUGCGAAACCCGCACUAUCUGCCGGAAAUAGUGGUGAAGGUGACUCUGUUGAACUUCAUGAUCACUCCCAUCGGCCUGGAUGAUCAGCUCUUGGGCAUCGUUGUCGCGAAGGAAAAGCCGGAGCUGGAAUCCGAGAAGAAUCAACUAAUAAUUCAGGGAGCCGCCAACAAAAAAAUGUUAAAGGAGAUAGAGAACAAGAUCUUGGAGGUGCUGUCGGAGUCCCAGGAGAACAUUCUCGAGGACGAGAGGGCCAUCAGCGUAUUAAGCUCCUCGAAGAACCUGGCCGACGAGAUUCAGGCGAAGCAAACUGCUGCCGAGGUCACAGAAAGAUCCAUAGAUAAGGCGAGAUUGCAAUACACGCCGAUCGCGGUCUACAGCACCGUUCUCUUCUUCACGAUCGUCAUGUUGACGAACAUCGAUCCCAUGUACCAGUACUCCCUCGCAUGGUUCGUCAAUCUCUUCAAGAACGCGAUCGACAAUACGCCAACGGCUGAAGAUAUCAAGCAGCGUCUCAAAGAUCUUACCAGAUGCUUCACCUAUUCUCUGUAUGUCAACAUCUGUCGUUCGCUCUUUGAGAAGGAUAAACUGCUCUUCUCGUUUCUGCUGUCCGUGAACUUGCUGAACAAGCAGGGCCAGAUCUCGAUGGCCCAGUGGAUGUUCCUGCUGACUGGCGGCGUCGGCCUGGAGAAUCCCUUUGUCAAUCCCACCGAAUGGCUGCCAGCCAGGUCCUGGGACGAGCUGUGUCGGUUAGACGGCGUGCCGGGAUUCUCGGGAAUAAAAGACUCGUACGUGGAAAAUAUCGACAAGUGGAAAGAGAUAUUUGAUCAUAAGGAGCCUCAUACCCUGACCUUUCCCGCGCCUUGGAACAAACUGAAUCGCUUCAAGAGGCUGUUGCUGCUUCGUUGCAUUCGUCCUGACAAAGUCAUGCCGGCAGUGCAGUUAUUCGUCGAAGAGCAAUUAGGGCGCCAAUUCAUCGAGCCACCGCCCUUUGACUUGGCAGCCUCAUACGCGGACUCGCACUCCUGCAUUCCGCUCAUAUUCAUUUUGACGCCCGGCACGGAUCCCAUGGCGAUCUUGAUGAAAUUUGCCGACGACCAGGGCUUCGGUGCCAGUAGGCUCUUCUCGUUGUCUCUGGGCCAAGGGCAAGGUAUCAUCGCUGAGGGCCUCAUCGACGAAGGCGUAAAGAACGGCACUUGGGUGGUGCUGCAAAAUUGUCACGUCGCCAAGAGCUUCAUGCUGAACUUGGAGAUGAUAUGCGAAGGUUUCACGAAGGAGUCGGUGCACCCAGACUUUCGGCUAUGGCUGACGAGUUAUCCAGUCGAGCAUUUCCCCGUCAGCGUUCUCCAAAAUGGCGUGAAGAUGACGAACGAGCCUCCGAAAGGGCUGCGCGCGAACAUCAUGCGAUCCUUUUUGCAGGAUCCGAUAUGCGAUCCCGAUUUCUUCGACACGUCGAAGCAGAAGGAGACCUUCAAGCAGCUAUUGUUCUCGCUGUGCUUCUUCCACGCAGUCGUGCAGGAGCGCCGGAAGUUUGGGCCGAUCGGCUGGAACAAUCAGUACGAAUUCAACGAGACGGAUUUGCGCAUUAGCGUGUUGCAGCUCAAGAUCUUCCUCGAUCAGUACGACGACGUUCAGUUCACCGCCCUGAAGUAUUUGACAGGCGAAUGCAAUUAUGGCGGCCGCGUGACCGAUGAGUGGGACCGACGGACGCUGAGCAUGAUCCUGGCGCGAUUCUAUCGCGAGGACGUGAUCGUGGCCGAUCGGAAAUACCUGUUCGAUGCCAGCGGCCUUUAUUACGUGCCGCCGGUCAGCGAGUACAGUCAAUUCUUGGAUUACGUGAAAGAACUGCCGAUGACUACCGCGCCCAGCGUCUUCGGCAUGCACGAGAAUGCCGACAUCAUCAAGGAUCAGCAGGAGACCUACCUGAUGUUGUCCUCCAUGCUGACCACUCAGGACACCGGCCGGGCGGAAGUGGACCCCGAGAAGUCGCCGGAUGAAAUUGUUUACGGAGUUGCGUCCGACGUUCUAUCGAUGCUGCCGCAGGACUACGACCUGGUAGCCGCUCUGGACAGGUAUCCCACUCUGUACGAGCAGAGCAUGAACACCGUCCUAGUCCAGGAGAUGGGCAGGUUCAACAGACUCCUGCAGACUGUCCGGAACAGCCUCGUGAACGUCCAGAAAGCAAUCAAAGGCCUGGUAAUCAUGACUGCUGAUCUUGAAGAAGUCUAUUCGUCGAUCAUCACAGGUAAGAUUCCCAAGUUGUGGAUGAGGGAUUCUUAUCCUUCCCUGAAACCGCUCGGCAGCUAUAUACAGGAUUUCCUAAAGAGGCUGAAUUUCCUUCAGACGUGGUACGUGGAAGGUCCGCCCAUGUCUUUCUGGAUUUCGGGUUUCUACUUCACGCAAGCGUUCCUGACUGGCGCCCGCCAGAAUUAUGCGAGAAAAUAUUCCAUUCCCAUCGAUCUGCUGAUCUACGAUUUCGUUCCAUUGAAGGAAACGAUCUUCAUAAAACCACCAGACGACGGAGUCUACAUUUACGGAUUAUUUCUCGACGGGGCUCGCUUUGAUAUGACCACAAUGAAACUGGACGAGUCCUUUCCGAAGAUCCUUUACGACGUUGCGCCUUACAUCUGGUUGGUGCCGGUGACCAAGGAUCAAGUGCAGGAUAAGGACACUUACACGUGUCCCGUGUACAAAACCAGCGAGCGGAAAGGCGUGUUGUCGACCACCGGCCACUCGACCAAUUUUGUCAUCGCGAUUUGGCUGCCGACUUCGCAUCCGCCGGAGCACUGGAUCCUGCGAGGUACCGCCAUGUUGUGCCAGCUCUCAGAUUAACGCAGGAUCGAUCAUGAUCGAUACCCGAGGACGUUUCUGAAGGGCUGGAAGUCUCGAGCUCGUCUUGAAAAAUCUGGGUCACGGCAGAAUGGCAACGCGCAAUUUAUACUUUUAUAGACCAGAGCGGUUAAUAAUUAUGAAAAUGCGAGUAUCAAUCGAUCAAUUUUCUUAAUUAUUUAUAAUAUAUGUAUAAUAAUAGCGCAAGAGACCGAAUGUAAUUUUUUCCAUGGCAGAGAAAUAUUCCUGCAACUUGGUUGCGCGGUUUUUACACCAGAAUUCCCCGCCACGCUCACGAAUAAAAAUAUGCUUUUGCAGGAAGGUUCCAUAAACAGCAUCUCGAUCCCCUCGUCGUCCCAUUAAACGUCAGUAAAUAACACCGAAGUCGAGAUAUCUGCGGAAAAGCCGCCAUAGGACUCGAAUUGUGCUCAGAACGGUCAUCCUUCCGUUAAUUAAAUUCGCUAGGAAUUCUCGUCGAAUUUUCAUCGAGCUUCUUUUUCGUCGUUAUCGCCAUUGCCAUUGUCGUCGUCGUUGCUGUCGUCGUCGUCGUCGGGAGCACCAUUUUCGCCAGUGCUUCUCCUCGCGUUAUCCUCCGCGCGCCGUGUUGCACGGUUGCCGGUAUUUAUUAUGUGGGAUGUGGCGCUUUUGGGGGUGGCGGAGGGGUGGCCGGAGCAGUGGCUUGCUUGGCGGCACCCUGUCUACCCGGACCGAGAUCGCCGGAGGCUCGUUGCCUAGCGACCCCGUAUUGAUCUCACCCCGUAUCUCGCCUCUAUCCCCUCUAUCCCCCGCUUUCCUUUCCACCUUCCCUGUAUCUCUCAUUCCCUCUCUCUCUCUCUCUCUUUCUCUUUCUCUCUUGUUCUUUCUCUCUUUUUCCUCUCAUGUUCCCUUGUUCUCUUUCUCGUUCUCGUUUUCUCUUUCUCUCUUGCUCCCUCACCCCCGCGAUUACCGCUCCACCCUCGAUUAUUACGCGGAACAUAUUUCUCGUUGCGCGAUUUUGCACGCGCGCGCGAUGUCCGCUCGAACGCUCAUUCCGGGAAUCUGAUAGAGGUUUCCUCUGCGAAUAUGUGGAUAAAUUGUUUCUCCCCAUUUCUCUCUUCCACUCCCUCGACUCUUCGUUCGUCUCCUCUGAUUCUCAUUCUUCUUCUUUUUCGUCUCGCACAGAAACUUCGUCGGAUUCUUUCUGCGGCCUUCUCCGCCUUUCGGACGCGAGUUUGCGCUAGAUUCGCAAUGUUACUUGAUUUACGCGUAAUUUACACUUGCGAGAAGAACCAUACGAACUUCUUCGCGAAUCGAUUGCAUCGCGUUUCUUUGCUCUCGAUCUGACUCGUUUUGCUCCCCACCUUCAACCUCCAUUUUAAUUUCUGUUUACUCACGACACACACAGCGAAUACACAUCGGGCUCUCGCUUAUCUUUAGCUUACUUACGCCAUCUUGCUUCUUUCUAUUUACCCUGCCGCGCACCCCCUCCUCGCGCCCUGUUUAUUCUAUUUAUUUUCCAUCUCCGCCUUUUCCUUUUUCAGUUUUUCUCCCUGCGCCCGUUCCUCAUGCGGAGAUACCAUCGCUCGAAUUAAGUCACCGCUCAACCCAUAAAGAAAAUAUGUGAUUAUACGCGUUGCAAUUUCAUAGAGUGCACUCCGCUCCUUCUCAAUUCUUUCUAUCCUCAUCUUGUACCCUGCGCGGAGCUUCUUUCGUCGCGCAGCGUCGCCUAGAUUUAUCCGAAUUAAAGCCAAUUAAUUGCACGAAUUAUACUUCUGUCUUUGGCAUGUGUAACGCUUCAGUGGAAUAGUAUUCACAUUUAAUGGAAAUUUCAUCAAUAUUAUUAAAAAGUAAAUAAACUCAUGUCAAGUAGUCAACGCACUCUCUCGAUCAUGUUUUCAAAUAAUUUCAAUCAUUGAAAUUGUUAUUCGAUAUAAUUGUUAAAACAUCAUCGAUUCUGCCACGGGAGGGCGACACAACGAGGGGGUUAAUGAUUGCGUUAACCAACCGAUCAACGAUCGAGCGAUCGGUUGAGGUUGUCCAAGAACACGUCGCUUGAAUGGAAGUCAGGCUUCCGACACGAGGAGUCGAGGAAGGUUGUGGAGGGUGAGAACUCACGCGAGCGGCAAAGCAACCCCCUCUGCCCCCGUCGUCUCGCGUGCACGGAUCUCCUCUUCGCAUCCUUCACCCUUGCCGCCCCCUCGAGCCUCUUCCUAUUGGCAAAGUGACCUUCAUCUGAAUUUCUUUGUUGCGCCUACACUACAGAGGGUCGAUGGGGCGAGGAAAUUCGCGACCGGGUGAUUCGGUGGCGGGUCGAAGAGGAAAAGGGCAGGAGCCGGGAAUGGCGCAGCCUUCUUACUUUUACCUUCGACGAUCUCGCUCGAACGUGGAUCGUGACAAGAGCGAUUUCGGAUAAAAAUUGCUGUCGAUUUUCGGGCAACAGGUGACGCGCGUGAUAAGCUAUCAACUAACAAUUGUCCUGAUUUAUCGACAUUAUCAUAAUCGUUUGCAGUUUCCCUCGAGUACCUUGAGCUUUCCGUGUUCCAACAAUUCUUUGCAACUCCCAGUAAUUUCAGCAAUUGCACUUUCCUUUGAGCAUCAAAAUAUCUAGUUUCUGAUUCCUUUUUUAGCGAUUUCCAGCAAUUUCUUAAUAAUUUCCAGCGAUUGCAUUCUCUUCUAAAUUUCAAUUUUAAUUUUUCUAAAUCGCUCCCAUCUAUUUUUUGAGUUCCAGAUUUCUCUACGUGACGGAAAAAUGAUUAACAUUAACAUGAUAAUCAUGAUGAUUAUUACUGGAAUUUUAUUUGAGGGUGUCUCUCGUGACAAAGAGGGAGGUUCGCGCGACGUUCGCCGGUAUUUUUAGCGCAGCGCGCUUUAUUUAUCGACGAUGUUUACCAGAGUCGAGUGUUUGGCUGCAGAUUGCCGCUGAUUAUGCGGCAACAGGUGGCAAAACAAUUAUCAUUACGGCAGGUUUGCGGUCGCGACUCUCUGUCGUGAAGUUCGUAUCUCGUGUGACGUAAUUAAUCGCUGUCUACUACGGAAACGAACGGGGACGACGGGGGUUGCUGCUGCGUGAUGCAUGAUGAUCAGCGCGAAGGGAGAUUCAUCUUCGACGCGAUUAUACGCGUUUUUCCCCGAGUUUUCUUGAGAAUCAUGAAGGGAUCACGCGGAAGGAGGAAUAGGGAAUCGACGCAUUAGUUCUCAUGGAGCGAUCAAUCUCCCCGCCAUCCAGCCACUUUCUUAACUUUGCCGGGAGAAGCAGCGGGGGUGAAUGCAUGCAGACGCGACUUUUUAUUAAGACGAAUGGAUGCGUUAAACAAACGAAAACUAACAAUGCGCUACGAUUGCGAAUUGAAUUAUGGCGAGUUUGGGAAUAUCUAUGUUGGAUUUUUUCAAUAGUAUUUUCAAUAGUGAUGUGUAAUGACGUGAUGGAGUCAUGUCUGGCUUAAAAUUAUGUGCCCCGUUUGAAAUAUUAAUUAACGAAUUUGGUACUUUUUGCAAGUGCAAAGUGUUCGUUUAAUAAUAUUAUAUUACGUAUUUUUGUUCUUUUAUUGGUUGUAAAAUAUUUUCAUAUCAAUUUUCAUAUCGCGAUAUUAUUGUGAACGUGAAUAAAUUGGAAAUUAAAUUACGUAUCAAAAUUUGCGAGUAAUUUGUUUUACUUCAUAAAAUACGACUUAUAUACAACUGCGUUCUAAUGAUAAGGAAAUUUGAUAAAAUAUUUUUUUAUUAUUACAUUUCUGACGAUAUAAUGGUAAAAGAAUAUAUUUAGGAUUCGUGUUCGGAAAUAAAGACGCUACAAAAUUGUAAUUUCAUAUAUAUGUUUUAUUUUAUUUUUCAUCUUAUUUUGUGCUCUAUUAUAUUUUACAAUAUAAUACGGUGUAAAGCUAGUUAUUCAAUGUUUUUCUUAUUUUAGCUAUAAUACUAUAUAUUUUUUCUACUAUAUAUAUAUAUU